AUGGUUGAACAAAUCCCUCUACCACUCGACUUUGGAGAACUCAUCAAGGAAGCGAGAAAACUUCCCACAUACACCGGAAACAACAGAGAAUACUCUUUAACAACAUGGCUUGAGGAAGCCACAUCCUUACUACAACUUGUCCAGCCUGGUGAUCAACAGUCGUACAUCUUGAGACUAAUACUCUACAAACUGCAAGGCGAAGCCAGACACGUAGUCCAAAAAUUACCUAACCCAACAUGGAACACCGUCAAAAACAUUCUUCUAUCAACAUUUGGAGUCCACGAAACAUAUUCUACAAUUGUAAACCGAAUACAUAAAGUAAGUUCUAGAAAUAUAGAGGACACAUAUUAUAAAUUAAAUAAACUAUUAAAUAGAAUAAAUACUAAAUAUGUACAAGAUCCUCAAAGGGAAUCCCAUUCCGAAUUUAACCCAAUCAGAAACGAAAAUUUGGUCCUGAAUAAAUUCAAAUCCCUUUUACCAGAAUUCAAAUCAUACUUGAUUGAGACGAGAAAUUGCGAAACGCUUAACCAAGCUUAUAACUUAUUGCGCGAAAUUGAACAAAAUAUUGACAACAGUAAUUAUAAUAAUAAAUACAAAAAUAACAGUAAUAAUCACAAUAAUAAUUUCCGUAAUAACUUCAACUCAAAUUCAAAUUCAAAUACUAACAAGUAUCAAACAAACAGAUAUAACAAUCACAGAUCCAAUAAUAAUAACAAUAACAGACAAUAUAAUAACAGUAACCACUACCGUGAUCGAAAUAAUAAUAAUAAUAAUAAUUACAAUCAAAACUAUAAUCGCAAUUACAACCGAAAUUACAACUCCAACAACAGAAUGGAAAUAGACAAUUCUAAUAUAUACAGACACAAUAACCCAAACCCAGAUCCAAUUGAACCAAUGGAUACAGAUUUUUAG